CUUCUAUUCACUUCACAAUGGACCAGAAAUUCCGCCUAGCUUGUCCGAUCGUCAUGUAAUGCAAUUGAUAUAGCAUCACUUUAAACUCAUUACAUUAUUUACCGGAAUCCAAGUGGCUAUAUAGACACGUCGUUCAACAUCACCAACAUCCGAAGUUGGGCACAAACCUCUUUUCUGCAGGGGACCUAACGCACGCACAGGGCACUCAGUGGGUCUUGGUUCAACGAUUGCCAGCUCAUUGUGCAUACAAGCGAACGAUUUGACAGCAAAGCUUAUCCCUCAUUUGCGAGACACAUAAAAGCCACUUCGUUCCCGCGUUUGCGUAUAGUGGUUCUCGAUAUGCGCAAAAGGACACCGUCGAGAAUGUCUCGCCCUUCCCGUUCGACAUAUGCACAUCAUACAAUGGCACCCCGCAAAAGAUGGCGCCUCCUAUCCGCUGCCAUGCGGGAGGUGGAUUCUUGCAGGCUGGUCCCACGGCAGCGCAGGUGUCAUUCACGAACCAGAAGAACCCCGCCAGCAGCUACUGUAGCUACCACAUGAGCACCCCUCCAGCAGCAGGCGACCGCUGGUGAGGUACUGUACAUACCAAACGACUAGUAUUGGAAGCGACCUCAAUACCCACCUCAGGAGCCUUGGAGACCAACAAUGCAUCAGAGCUGUGCGCAUUUCAGGGUCAGCGCAAGCGAUGAAGCGAGUCAUUCAAUGUCGCGAACCGACAAGGAUUGGACGGUGAGAAACAAACACUGGUCCGCCGUUGGCUGCACUAAGGAAAAACGGGCUCCCGGAACAGACGAGACGAGCCGACGAUAAUCACAUCAUCGUCUGGGAGGCAUCCGACUGCCCGAAUCUCCUCGCACCCUCUCAGCGAAGCCGACUGGCGCCGUGCUAAAGAAAUAGGUCGAGCCUGUCAUGCAAGUGUGGGAGGUGAGACAGUCAGGCGAUCACUAGCUUCCCAAAGAUUGGCUGGCUAUAAUGCAAGCGGAGCUUUUUGCAGCUCUAAUGCACACACACUCACGCAACCCCCCCUCCUACUGCGCAGUGACACAAAAGCAUCGAACAUCGAGGCCAUCGAGCCUUUAGCGGCGAUACCCGCUCACCCAGCAAAUCAAAAAAAAAACGCCGACUCGCUUCCUGGCGUUGCGUCCUGUCGUGCCGACCCGCUCGGUUUUGUGUACGCGUGAGCUAGUCGUGCGCGCAAAGUAGCUGCAGCUCGUCCUGCGAGCAAUGCCCAAACGAACGGCCGCCGUUUUGCUUGCUGCUUUUGGUGGAGUUAUGCAAGCAACGCUACACCCGUUUGUACAAGGCUUUCCUUUGUUGCAGAGGUUGCAUUGGGGGAUGUUGACCCGCUGAGCUAGCAGCCACACCUUGACUAGUCGCUAUACCCCCACAACGCCAGUGACGGUCAGAACAAGCCCCAGGCGGAACGGGAGUUGCCUUUAGGUGGGCUGGCGCUGGGCUAGGGGAGGGAGGAGCCAUUGCGCGGCCACGCGCUCCUUUGAACCUUCGUCGUUUUGGAAUACCUCUACUGCGAGUGGUCACUUGGUACAACAUCUCCAUAGGAGGGGACAACUGAAUCGCUUCACCGUAGCGCAAUCCUUGCCGCGGGGCGGGUCAGCCUGAGCUAGAGGGAGCGCUAAGAAAAGCGUCGUCAUGCCUGUUGCUUCUACCGUUCAACUUUUGAAACGCCGGACAUGCAACCAGUGAUUGGGCGCUGUGGUGGGAGGGCAUCGCUUCCUUGCUUCUUAGUCCCAAUUAUGGGGCGGCGGCACCCAUCCGUGCCUUGCAUCGAGACGGGUAGCGCGCAUGUCGCGAGCUCGAACUAAAUGGAUUAUUCCGUCUUUGUCUUGCUGCACGAUACGAGGAAGGGGGGCAGCGAGGUGGAGGGGUUCGCACGCACCCUCAGAGAGGACUUGUUCAGCUGGUCUGGUGAUACGCCUAGGGACAGACGCCUUGGUUCACGAUUCGCCACACCACACCAUGGCACCCCAACGGUGCUGAUGGCUCCCGGUGGGACAACGAUUAGUUUGCUGCUGGACAUGCUGUUGCCCCUCCUUGCACUAUCCGCACCCUUGCAAAGAGGCUGUUCCCGCGCCGUCAGUGCCAACCCUGGCUUAGAUUUUCCACCGCAUCGUGGCUGCAGGCUGCCGUCAUGUCCAUCAUGUGCGGGCGUCGUUUGUUACCUCCCGGUCGUUCUAUACUUGGCUUUGAUGGGGCAAAGACGAGACCCAUGCACCACCAUCUUCUUCUUUGUACCAUGCCGAUGCUUGGUGACUCCUACCCACCGACCAGAUCCGCUCCUUGUUGCUUGGUAAAUUGGUUAGAGGGAGCGUCGGCGAAGCGUGUGGUCUCGCCUUGAUCCGCCCAGUUGCAUAUUCACUGGCAAAGCAAAACUGGCGGUCCCUUGUUUCUGUUGGGUCUCGCCUUGCUGACUGGCCUUGCCCUCCAUGUAUUAGCGUGUAUUGCCGAUUAGUUUUUUUGUUUCUACCAUUAGAUCUGUUUCAGUAUUCGGUACCCUUGCUCGUUUUAGACAAGUAGUGGCCCAAGGUCGACAGGCGCUGUGGAUUCAUUCGGCCGGACUAUGGGGGGGGGCAUCUCGCGUACAUAUAACGCGGCCACUCUUACAGGCCGCUCCGUUUUCGACAAGGCGUUCGGUUCCGCUGGUACGUUUUUCGGUCUGUUAAUCCCUCCCUCAUUUCUGUUAUUGGCUUCGGCAGAAAGCCAUUUUCCCAACAGUGACCGCUUCUUCGACGAUUGCCUGCAUCUCGCCCAUCUCUUGUCAGUCCGGGUCUCUUUCCCAAGCCGCGCGCCAACCAAACGCACAUAGACGCUUCGCCUGCAGGCGUCAGAGAACAGGGUACUCUGCGUCUUGUGCACCUUGCACUCUGCAGCUCAUUCUCAAAGCGGGUUGUCCAAGUGUUGCAACUCCAAGUGAUCAAGCCAGACGACUCUUUCCCCACAACAUCAAAAGCAUCUUCUCCUUCUACACGCUCGCCAUCGCCACUGUGUUUCUGUGCGACGAUACCUGUCUGCUCCCUACCGAUCGACACCAGUUCUCGUCUUUACUGGUGUUGUUACCGUCAAGUUUGGAGACGCUGCCGGUCCAGCUCCUUCCACACCCUGGCACUCUGACAGCUGCCAGACAGUGCGUGCCAGGUGAUCGAACCGGCACUUGCAAGUUGCGAGGCAGCCGCCAUUAGCCAAGGCGUUCUGCUUUUAACCAUCCUUCAGACGAUACACUUCUAGCUUUGGCUGAUCUUGAUAUUAUUUUUGCUUCCGAUCUGAAGCUGGUCAUCUUCACCAAGCCUUGUUCCACUCGAGUAUGUUUGACUGAAGCAGCCCGCUCUCCUUUUACCAUUUAUACCAGCAGCGCACGUCCUUCUCAUUUGCGCAGUAACGAAAAACUUCUUGAUCCCAUCUUCUUUCUAGCCCUUCAUGUAUAUCCAAGAACCUAUCGAACAUACGCACUUGACAUAUAUCUACAACUCUGGGAAAGGCAAAACUACGAGCAUCUGGUGGAGACCUGGGGAGAACCGAAAUGGACUCGUCGUUUACUGUGAACGAGCAGCGCUUUGUUUUGGCUGAGAUGAUAAAGUCCAGUCAUAUCGAUGUCGCUGUUCUCGCCGACUUUGUGCGACACCACGCCAUUAGCCCUGACUGGAUGGAGAUGCAGCUCCCACGAGGUCGUAACAUGCACCAGUGUGUGCGAGUAGCCGAAUGCUUCAAUCUCCCGACAGGGCGGAUGAGCCGAUCACCGCCAAACCUACUUCUGACGCAGACACACACGCCUCCACGUCAACCACAACAAUAUAUUAGCCCUUGGCCACAAAAAGACACUGGUCUGGAGGCACAAGCAAACUCGUCGUCUAGCGGUCAUGUAUACAUACGCCCGCGCCCAGGCAGCGAACCGCCCCAACCGCGGCCCAAACCUGCUACACGGCCUCGAUCACAAGAAGGCAAGCGAGGUCGACCAUCUAAGAGCGAUCUAGCCAAGCGAGACCUGAAUAUACAGCUGCCCGCUCACUUUGCGCCGAGACCUCUGCGGCCAAAUUCUGCGCGUCUCGCUCCGCCGCUUACAUCGCCGGUCACGGCAAACACGACGUUGCCGUCGAUACGGCACUCACCAAACAACGCAUAUACAUUAAUGUCUAGUUUAUCUGCACCGUCUUCGUCAGCCUCAGCGGAAGAUGAUACACGGCCAAGAAAACGAAAGCGGCUGAUCGAGGACGAGUUGCCUACGCUGCCUCCGCUGGAGACCAUCACGGAACAGUCCCACUCAGACUAUAGUCUUGCAGGCGCAACAACAAAAGGCUAAGUUGUUUGCUACUGUCGGCCUAGACCGCUGAGAAUGAGUACAUUAUUGUGGUUUUGGAUAAUGAUCUAUUUUAAGCGACGACACGUUUUACGGUUCCAGGCUCCGAGUUUAGCAUGGUAACCAUCCUAGCAUUUUGUAUCGGCGUGGCAUCUCGUUUCGGAAUCUAUUGUUUUGGAGGAAAUACCACGGUUUUAGCGAAGAACCAUCUUGGUUUUAUGAUUGGGCUUCUAAUUUUAUAUAGAAUACUUGAAUAAUUAAAUAUAGACUGUUUGCGUGACAUGUAGAGCCCAAUAAGUU